UGAAGUGGAGGAGAGACGCAGGAGCGGUACAGUACAACGGGACCUUGUAGGUCACGUCAGUCGCGCGGGAUGGGUGUGUCGAAAAGCGUCACGGAAGCUCCGGUGGCAGUGGGAAAUGAAUAAAUCCCAGCCCGCGGUCAUAAUGGGCAAGAGUUUAACUGGAAUUCAUGCGUGGUCCUCCUGCUUCAAGAGUUCAUAUACGCCGGACGAUACCGAAGUUGAUUGUAGUCCAUGUGAAAGCAGGGGUUUGAGGAGUUUGGUGUUGUAAGGUGAAUUGAUUCUCUGGAGUAUUGGAUCUGCAGUGUUUCCUUCAUAGGUGUUCAUAUCCAAGCAAAAGACCUCAAGCAAGACCAAGAGAAUGUUCGAUAUAUUAUUUGUGAUUAUAUUUGGACUGACAGGGCGUGUUCUGACUAAAGACACAGACACAAAAGGAAGGUUCAGUUCUCCAGUGUUGGAUGUUACAGAAAAGCAGCUUAUCAUAGAGAGAAAUCAGACACUUCAGUUAAACUGCAGGGGACGGUGGGAGCUCCAGUGGGUUUUGCCAUCAGGCGUCCCGAAAGUCUACCACGGCACCCAGAUAGAAGACACUAGAUGCGGGAAGAAAAAUAACCAGUAUUGCAGCCGCCUGACGCUCAGUCCUGCUUUAGCUCAACAUACUGGCUCUUACCGCUGCAGGUACCACCAAAAGCAGCGCAAACAGGCCUCUGUGUACGUCUACAUCACAGAUAGCCAGCAGCCGUUUGUAAAGGUGCAGACGGAGAUCCCAGAUGUGGUCUACAUGAAGGAGGGAGAGCCGUUGGUCUUCCCCUGCAGAGUCACCAACCCGGAUGCCAAAGUCUCGUUGGUCAAGUUUCCUUUCCACCGGUUAACUCCUGAUUAUAGAAACAUCAUCUGGAACAGCAGGCAAGGUUUCACUAUCCGUAGUCCCACAUUCUUCUACAUCGGACUAUUUUCCUGUGAGACUAUCGUCAAUGGAGUCAAACAUAGUAACAAGUUCUUGACUCACAGGCCAGUGAAUAAAAUCCUAGACGUGUAUUUGAACAGCACAGGUUUGGUCCACACGUUACAGGGCCAGAUGUUAGCACUGAACUGCACCGUUACUGCUGAAUGGAACGCCAGGGUGUCCAUUAGCUGGACGUACCCACAAAAGGCUAAUGGAUCUGCCACUAUCAUCAGACGCAUAUCAAAGAGCCGAACCAACAUGCUGUUCUACAGUGUUCUCACCAUCCCCAGACUGAGCAAAGCAGACAGGGGGCUUUACAAAUGUCAUGUAACAAGUGGUCCAUCCAAGCGAGAAACAAAUACCACAGUUAUUGUCUAUGACCAUCCUUUCAUUCGACUCAAGCACAGAGAUGGCCCUGUGGUUCAGGCUUCUGCAGGACAGAAAUUUUUCCGUCUUACUCCAAAACUAAGGGCAUUCCCUGCACCUGAAAUCAUCUGGUUGAAGGAUGGGAUGGUCGCUGCCGAGCGGUGCUCCCGAUAUCACGUAGACGGGUUUUCACUGGUCAUUCGGGAUAUUGCUGAAGAGGAUGCAGGAAUCUACACCAUCCGAACUGGCAUCCAGCAGUAUGGACUUUUCCAGAACCUCACACUCACGUUGGUUGUAAAUGUGAAGCCACAGAUUGGAGAAAAGACAGUUUCCUCACAGCAUCCUGCGACUGUCCAGCGAGGCAGCAGACAAGCCCUGCAUUGCACCUCUCAUGGUGUCCCACCACCUCAAAUCCAAUGGCUUUGGCAUCCGUGCCCUCCCAAAGGCCUAUGCGAGAAGCCUCCUCCUUCGUCCUGGACUGCAGUCAGUGAGAAGACAGAAGUCACGUCCACCCACAAUCCCAUCCUGACCGUCAGCCACAGGCAGGAAGUGUUAGAAGGGAAGAAUAAGACUGUAGGAGUUUUGACAGUCGGCGAAGCAUUGAAAUCAGGCAUCUAUCGUUGUGUUGCAUCAAACUUAAUGGGCAGAGAUGAACUGGACAUCCAUUUCUAUGUCACAGAUGUCAAAGGAGGCCUUAUCGUGUCUUUAGAGGAAGAGCCCAGAGAGGGAGGGGACCUUCGUCUGGUCUGUAUAGCCAAUAGGCACCUCUAUUCGGAUCUGUCAUGGUAUAGAUUAACGAAUCAAUCCACAGCUUCAGAGGGAGCUUCAGUUCUCAGCGGGGAGCUCACAGAGGGGCAGUUUUCUCACACACUGCACCUUCUGCUGAAGAAUGUGACUGCACAGGAUUCGGGAACAUACCGCUGUUCUGCCACACACCUGCUUACAGAAGAACAUUCACACCUUGAUACAGCAGUGGAGGUCACAGUUCUGCAGGCACCGGUGCUGCUGCAAAAUCUGAGUGAUCACAGUGUUAACGUAAGCAACUCGGUCACUCUUCGCUGCCCCUCUCGGGGAAUUCCACACCCCCGGAUCACAUGGUAUAAGGACCAAAGGAAGCUUCAGCAGGUGUCUGGUAUUAUGCUGUUUCCAGAGGAAGGGACUCUUCAUAUUGACCGAAUUACAGCUGAAGACCAGGGACUUUACACCUGUAAGGCCAACAAUGAGAGAGGCUCUGUGGAGAGCUCCGCCCACAUUUGGGUUCAAAGUUCAUCUGAAUCCCUCUCUCUGGAGAUCCCGACUCUAGCAUGUACAUGUGUGGUGGCCACUUUGUUCUGGCUGCUUCUCACACUGCUGAUUCGGAAACUUAAGCAGCCAACCUCGACUAAUGGCAAAGCAGAGUACCUGCCAAUCAUCCUGCAUCCAGGAGAGGAGCCUCUGGUUGAGCAUUGUGACAGGUUACAAUAUGAUCCUGCCCAGUGGGAGUUUCCACGUGACCGCCUUAAACUAGAAAAGCCCCUGGGACGAGGAGCAUUUGGGCGAGUAAUGCAAGCUUCAGCAUUCGGCAUUUGCAAUUCAGCCAGCUGCACCACAGUGGCCGUCAAAAUGCUUAAAGAUGGCGCUACACCCAGUGAACACAAAGCUCUGAUGACAGAACUGAAGAUCCUCAAUCAUAUUGGCCAUCACCUCAAUGUGGUCAAUCUUCUCGGUGCAUGCACCAAACAAGGAGGGCCUCUGAUGGUCAUAGUUGAAUAUUGUAAGUUUGGCAAUCUGUCUGCAUACCUUAAGAGCAAACGAGAGGUGUUCUUGUUGAACAGGGUGAACAGAGAAGAGGAGGGAGGCAUGAAGGAGGGAUAUAAAGGACGAUUGGCCAGUGUGUCCAGCAGCCAGAGCAACGCCAGUUCAGGGUUUAGUGAGGAGAAAGGAGAGAUCUCAGAGGAGGACAGUGGUUCUCUUCCUGAGUCCAACAACCCUCUGCUGCUUGAAGAUCUGAUUUCUUACAGCUUUCAGGUAGCCAGAGGUAUGGAGUUUCUCGCGUCUCGCAAGUGCAUUCACCGUGACCUUGCUGCCAGAAACAUCCUGCUGUCCAACAACAAUGUGGUGAAGAUCUGUGAUUUUGGUUUGGCCCGAGACGUGUACAAAGACCCAGACUAUGUGCGCAAGGGAGAUGCACGGUUACCACUGAAAUGGAUGGCACCUGAAUCGAUCUUUGACAAAGUCUUCACCACUCAAAGUGACGUGUGGUCAUAUGGAGUUCUGCUCUGGGAGAUCUUCUCACUUGGAGCGUCUCCUUACCCGGGGCUGAACAUUGAUGAGGAGUUUUGCCACAGACUGAAGCAGGGGACUCGGAUGUGUCCUCCUGAGUACAGCACCCCAGAGAUUUACAGCAUUAUGAUGGCAUGCUGGGAAAAUAACCCUGAGGACAGACCUUCUUUCUCAGCUCUUGUGGAGAUACUGGGAGACCUCCUGCAGACCUGCGUCCAACAGGAUGGAAAGGAUUAUAUUCCAUUGAACGCAUUUAUUUCUGGAGAAGGAAAUACGGUCACGGCGCACCUCGACCAGAAAGACAUAAGCCAGAAAACACUAGGAACUUCAAGCUACAUCAACUCUGGGAAAAUCAAAGCCAUCAGCACCUUCGAGGAUCUACACAAAGAAGUCCCUGAUGACAACCAGUCUGACAGUGGAAUGGUUCUCCCAUCUGAAGAGUUGAUUCAGGUGAAAUGGAUGGACAGAUUCAAAACCAAAAACAUCACUAAGUUCUUCUCCAAAGGUCAAAACCAGCACAUGACGCUGCCUGCCAAAGCGCUGCCUUGUAUGAAUAGCGCCCCCUGUUGUCAGCACAGGGAAGUUCCUCCUCUGUGUCACUCAGAGAGGUGCUGCUCUCCCCCACCAGACUAUGAAGCUGCUCUCCUCUACCCCUGUUUCUAACACACACGUCAGCCAACCUGCCUGUAAACACCAGUCAACAUCCGUUACCAUUACCACAAAAACACUGCUUAUCGUAACUCUUUUGUUUUCAGUACCUUAUUGUGCUAGGCUUGCCCUGUCAAACCAGUAUUUCUGAAUUAAUCGCUUAUUCUUCCAAGUUUCUCUGCACAUUCUCACACCUUUUCACCCAAUGAGUUUCUAAGAAUUUUUAAAUCACUCAACAAUUACUGGUUAAGUAUAAUUUUUUUUUAAAAAAUAAUCAAAUUAGGACAAUUUUAGAGCUUACACUUACACAAAGUUUUUAGCCAAUUAUAAUUUUAACCAAAAAAAAUAUUUUUUUUUGUGAAUUUCCAUUUUUAAGAUGUUAACAACUUCAGUCCUGGAAAUUUCCAGAGUGUUUGUGACUUUUGUCUGCAGUGUUAACUCAUGCUGAGACUUGCACAUACUAAUCAGCAUUUCAUCUGUCUUUGUUUAUAAACCCAUCUCAUAUCUGUAUAUCCUUUUUGAAACCACUGGUAAUCUGUACCACUUUAGAUUUCUUUUAGUAGUCACAGUGCAGCUAAUAUUAUUUAUGAGCUAGUGAAACGCAUUUAUUACAAUCACUGCUUGUAGGUACCAAAUGUUUAACUGUAGAGCACAUUUCAUGUGCUGCAAGCCAUAUGCUGGAAAAGUUCACCUUACACUGUAUUUAUUUACACGCUGUACCUUAAUAGUAACCUCUUAAAAUAUUAUAGUAUAUAUGGUAUAUUUAAUGCUGAAAAAAAAAAAAAAGAAGUGACAGAUUUUAGAUCUAAAGCCAUACACUCUUUUCACAUGGCACUGCCAAUGCACAAAGUCUUGGUAGAAUAAAAAUAAAUUCUGAAGGGAAAUAUAUAGACUACUAUAAGAUUACUAUAAGAUUUUUAAUGUGUUUUAAAGAAGUCUCUUCUGCUCACCAAGCCUGCAUUUAUUUUCAUCCAGAGUACAGCAAUAAAACAAACAAAAAAAAAACAUUACAAAAGAAAUAUUUUUAUUAUUUAAAAUAACUGCUUUCUGAUUGAAUAUAUUUUAAAAUGUAAUUUAUUCAUGUCAUUUUAAAGCUGAAUUUCCAGUCACAUGAUCCUUCAGAAGUCAUUCUAAUAUUCUGAUUUGCUGCUCAAAAACAUUUAUGAUGUUGAAAACAGCUGAGUAGAAAAUUCUCAGGUUUCUUUAAUGAACAAAGUUCAGAAGAACAGCAUUUAUCUGAAAUAGAAAUCUCUUAACAUUAUAUACGUCUUUAUCAGCAUUUUUGAUCAAUUUAAAGCAUCCUUGCUAAAAGUAUUAAUUUCUGAAAUAAAAAAAAUAUAUAUAAAUUGUAGAGAGAUUUUGAAUGGUGUAGUGUAUAAUGUUACAAAAGCUUUUUAUUUCAGAUAAAUGCUGAUCUUAUGGAUAUUUCUAUUAAUCAAAGAACCCUGAAAAAAAUUUACUCAACCGUUUAAAUAUUGAUAAUGUUUCUGGAAUGAUUUCUUAAGGAUCAUGGGACACUGAAGACUGGAGUAAUGAUGCUGAAAAUGUAAUUUGGUCACAGAAAUAGAUUGCAUUUAAAAUAUAUUCAAAUAGAAAGAUUCAUAAUAUUACAGCUUUUGCUAUAUUUUGGAACAAAAUAAAUGCAGGCUUGGUGAGCAGAAGAGACUUAUUUAAAAACAUUAAAAAUCUUAAAAAACUGGAAGUGUAUUAAAAAAAAAAAAAGUGUUUAUAAACUUAUGUUUAAAAAAUAGAGUUUAAAAGUUUGGGGUUGGCAAGAUUUUUGAAAAGUAAAAUUGUAAUUUUUUUUCUAUUUUAAUACAUUAUAAAAUGUAAUUUAUUCCAGAAUUGGUAAAACCACAUUAGUCAUUCUAAUGUGCUGAUUUGGUGCGCAAGAAACAUUGUCGAUGUUGAAAACAUCUUAAUAUUUUUGUGGAAACCAUGAGAAUAUUUUCAGGAUUAUUUGAAAUUCAAAAAUUCUAAACAUUUAUAUGAAAUGCAAUCUUUUGUACCACUAUAAAUGUUUCAACUGUCACUUUUGAUCAAGUUAUCAUAUGAUGGCUGGAUAAGUAAUAAAAAAAAAAAAAAAAAACGUACAGACCCCAAACUUUUGAACAGUAGUGUUUUGUAUGGGUUUAAAAAAAAAAAAAAAAAACCCUCAUCUCAUCCCAACCCUAAUGAAAGCCACACAAAACAAUUCUGCUGUAAAAUAUUUGCAUUGUUCAAAACCAUAUCUGAGACUGGGUCUCACUGCUGCUUUUUCAGUGCUGGUCAUUUUUGUAGUAUCUAUUUUGGAAAGCAUCUGAUUCUUUUCCUCUCAGAACCAAGUUGCAAACAAGUUCCCUUUUGCUGCUGCAGUUCAACAUAAUCUCUUCAAGCAACAAUCAAGCCAUUUAAGAACAAGCGAACGAAUGUUCUCUUUUAUUACUCUUUAUUAAAAUACUGCUGUACACACAAAUAUUGCAAAAAUGUGACAAUAAACACAAAGAAGGGCAUAAAACGUA